AUGGAAGCCUUGGGCAGCAGCAACAGCCGUGGCGACGACGCGCAGAUUCGGGAUCGGAACCCAAGCGAAAUGGAAAGAAAGGAUGAGCACGACCAUGAACACGGUGGCGACCACCGUCACAUACCCCAUCAUCAUCACCAUCACCAUCACCAUCCCCGACACGACGACCACCAUCAACAACUACAGCCGGGCAAGCCUCUGGGCCAGGCUGAAAACGACCCCCAGUGGCUUGAGACGCUUGAACGGUCCAGUUCGGCCCCGGCACAAACGCUUGUGGCGGCGUCGAGCGCUGCUUAUUCUACAGGCUCCUCAGUCUCAAACACUUUUCCGUCUUUUGAUGAUCUAAACCAGCAGCAGGAGCAGGAUCAGCAAGGCCAACAGGACCUGCCAGAUCAGCAGCAACAGCAGCGGCGGCGACAGCCUUCUCAAGAACUGCAUCUUCGUCACCACCAAGACUACCAACCUGUUGAGAAAAUGUCCCUUGAUCCUGAUCUUGACUCCGUGGCCUAUGUCUUGGCAGAAACUUUACCUCCAGCAGCUGGAAGCGUUGCGCUACAAGCCAGCAGUGUAGCCCACGACAACCUUGAAGACGUCUCCAGGGAGCCCUCGGACCGUUUCGAGCCAUCCAAAGCUAUCUUAACGCCACACACCAGGAGCACUAGCAACACGGAGACUCCAGACCAGGAUCAUGGAUUACAACAACAACAACAACAACAACAACAACAACAACAACAACAACAACAACAACAACAGCAAUAUCAGCGGCAACUGUCACAAGCACAGCAAUCGCAGCAACAACAAAUGUACCAGCAAUACGGGACGUACACGCAAUACCGUCCUAAUUUGAAUCCUAGCCGCUACACAACAGACACAUCGAGGUCACACUCCUCAAACGGUUGGAUGAAUCGCUCGCGGUUCAGGCCCUAUUUCAACAUCUCACUUGUUGGAGAUUCUAAGGUCGCCACCUGCAUCUAUUGUGGAAAGGAAUACAAGGAAGGAGAGUCCACCGGAAACCUCUCUAAGCACAUCACCAAUAAUCAUGCUUCGGAAUACAAGUCGCGCGAGCGCGCUGCUUCCAAGGAGAAUACUUUGACCUCACUCACCAGCAAAGAGCGUUCCUUGCGGCUCUCGGCCAAGUUCGUUUCGGAGCUUAAUCGAGACAGCGGUACCUUGGCAUCGGUGAUUUUAAUCACCGAAACGCUAGUUCCCUUCUACGUCGUGGAGUCCAUGGGUUGGAAAAUCAUCAAUGGUCUUAUUCCCGAUGUCCCACUUAUAGAGACUCGUAAAUCCGUAGUGGAAAAGUUAGACCACUACAGUGUUUGCUUGAACCAAUCUCUUAUAACCAGUUUGGCUUCCUCCACCUUUGUGAGUGUUCAACUUUACGUCUGCUCACGAGAGCAUGGACUAAGAUAUUUGGCCGUGUCAGUAUCUUACGCUCCGAACAUCAUAGACCAAGAAAGGCUCGACGCUGUGCAAACUCCAGAAAUCUUGGUGAACAACACAGGGGACCCCGUAAAUGGCCACCUGCUUGAUGUGGUAGAGUUUGACGAUAAAGCACGCGACCACCACACGUUAUACAAAGGAGUACUCGAAAUAUUGGACAGGUACAACAUCACGUCCAAAGUGGCGUUGGUAACUGUUGAUCAACUCAGCCACGCGCUAGAACUACAUGAGCCACUGAUAGACGCACUAUCAAGUAAUUCGGACUCGAAAGUAAUGCGCUAUCUUGGCAGUGUGCGCUUGGCUCGGUGCAUUAAUUCAGGUUUGGAGAUUCAAUUUGAAGCCAUAAUUGGCGACCUCAUGAAAGAUGGGGACUUUCAACAUGAAUACCAAAAGAUUGAAAAACUUGCGCGGUCCUGGGAAAACAUACCAAGCUUGAAAAGUUUUGCAGACGAGUUAGUUUGUCCUCCUCAUUUUUCAAGCCAAGCCAAUCAGGCUAGAGGUAUCUGGCGUCAAGUAACCAAAUUUCUGCGAGUGAGACAGCGGCUGAAAACCUGGAUUGAAAGUCCGGAUAGGGAGGCCGAAGGCUCGGCGGUGCAGGAUAUAGAAGAAAACAUAUCCCAUACGACAAGUGCCUUAGAACUGUUCCAUUUUUUCGCUGUCUGCUGUUCUAUCAUUGACAGACUGCGAGGAUCUAUGCUGACGGAUGGAAUUUGUUUUUUACCGGAGGGGGUGUUCAUUUACUACAAACUGAAUAAGUUUUUCGAUCUGUGCGAGCAGGCCUCCAAAGGUGAACAGGUUGAGGAUGAAGAGUAUUCAUUUGUUAACGGUUCAGACACGCUACUACCGGAACACAAAGAGAGGGUCUUGAGGGCCGUACUGAGUAGUAGAAAGCUGUUUAACGGAUUUUUCGAGGGUGUUAAAAAUAAUAGUUUAUUUUUUGUUGCGGUAGCUUUAGAUCCCUCUGUGAGAUUCGAAGACCUCCAGCAGUUUAUGUCUGGUGAGGAAAUGAAUCUCAUCAUGUGCCAAGUGGAAGUCAACAUCCAGGAAUACCUGUCGAAGUGCGAUCUUUAUGAGCAUAGCAGCGCCAAAUCCGAGACUUCGGAAACUAAUAAAGCUGCCAAGCGCAAGAGACUGGGAGAAGAGCCUUCUAAAGAGGGGGUGUUUACGAGCAGCUAUGACGAAUGGACCCAGUUCAAGGGGGAACUUAAAAUAAUGUCAAGAUCCCGUCGGAGUGUGAUCCAGUGGUGGUACGACCGGCGCCUAAAGUAUCCACACCUGUUCAAACUCGCCAUGGCGAUGUACUACACUCAAAUCAGUUCUAACGAGACCGAGAACAUCUUUUAUGUUACCGAACACACAUUGAAAGUUUAUCAAAGAAGCGUAGGGAGAGAAAACACGCAAAAGGUAAUGCUGCUGAGGAACCGGUUCAAGAAUUUUGGACUUUACAACCAGGCAUUGCGGUUUGUCAACCCCUGUAUCGAUUGA